AAUCAUUAUAGCUUGCUCGCUGUAUAGGUUUUCUUUAGGUGCAUGCUUCCAUUGCAUAGGUUUAUAUUGAAAAUGGAAGACGAUUCUUUGAAUGAAACAAAUCAUGCAACAAUUAUUAAAAUAAAUAAUUUGAUGCAUUUAUCCAAAAUUUUAGUUGAAAUGAUUUGAGAUGUGGCUUAUAAGAGCCUAUGCAACUUGGGGCUUGAAACUUGGUCAUUACCAACGCACUCUCCUUCACUACAAAAGCUCAAAAUCAACCACAAGAUACCAUCAAAGAUGAACAGUUACAAUUUAUUGAUGAUGGUUUUGCAAGUUUGUAGAUGUAGAUUAUAAAUGCUUCCCACCGGGCCACGCCCGGACCACUUGUUGGAUGGGGCUUAGUUUGAAAAACCUUGUGAAAAAACAGAAGAAACCAGGGAAGCAAAGCGAAACCAGGCUCUGCGAAACCGCUAUAUCGUUAGAAAAAAUGGGGUUUUGGACACAGAAAUCGAUUUUAUACCUAAAAUAAACUGAGAAAGAGAGUCAGAUGCUAGCUUUAAAGUACAGUACUUGCAACGAGACUAAAAAUAGCCAACUGGAUCAGGCUCUGAAACAGCAAACAAGGGAAAACUGAAGAAGAGGACCAACCUUUAUCCUGAAAACAAGCGAGAGUUUGCCGUAAUGAGCCGAGAGAUAUAGUAGCUAAUUUUGGUUAUUUCUCUGUAAAGAGAGUGAGAGGAGGUACAUCAAAAGUUUACCUUUUUUCCUCAAACAAUCCUUUUAUGUUCAGUCCUAGAAAAAAAAAAGCUAAGCAUAUUUUACCUUCACCACCAAGUACUCCGAGUUUCUGGAUCAUUUUUGAAGUUUGAAAAUGGGAGCUUGAAGAUUUUUUUUUCUUAGGAAGGGUUUACAAAAGGUGGGAUUUUGUUGAAGAAAAGAAUGGUUUUUGGGUCUGAUUUUGAGUUAAUGGUUAGGGUUUUUCAUGAAAAAACAAGAGGAACCUAUAUCUGUAAUCUCUGAUUCAUGCAAUAUGGUGAUGUGGGUUUUGAAGAAUAGAUAAGAUUUUGGAUUGUGUCAACCAGAUUUGGGAUCUCUCUCAACUACAGCAAACAAAGGAAAGGUCCCAUUCAUUUUGGCUUUCUUUUCCUAUUUUCCAUCUUAAUUUAUUGCUUUGAUCCCCCAAAAAAGUGUUUUUUUUUCUUGUUUUGAAUAUGGCUAAUCGUUGGUGGGCUGGAAAUGUGGCAAUGAGAGGUGUUGGUUCAAUAACUUCAACUCCAUCUCCUCACCAUGGAAACCCAUCUGGAGAAGAUCACCAAGUAGCUUUGAACCACCUUGGACCCAGACGAGAAAACCGAGGUUUUAGAGAUAAUAACAGUAGCCCAACCAAUGGCAACACUAGCUGCCCCAACCAAAAGCAAGAAGAUAAUGAAGAUAGCCGAGGCAUUGAACCUGAUGACCGAACUCUUGCUCUUGAAACCAUUGAACCUGGUUCAAGCUCAGCCUCUCGCCGUCCUAGAGGUAGGCCACCUGGUUCAAAGAACAAACCAAAGCCUCCCAUUGUUAUCACCAAUGAAAGCCCUAAUUCUCUCCGUAGCCAUGUAUUGGAAAUCACUAGUGGUAGUGACGUUGCUGAGUGUCUAGCUAAUUUCGCUCAGCGCCGCCACUGUGGCGUAUCUGUUUUAAGUGGCACUGGUAUUGUUACCAAUGUUACCCUCCGCCAACCAGCUGCCCCUGGUGGAGUGUUCACUUUACAUGGAAGAUUCGAGAUUUUAUCCUUAACCGGUGCGUAUUUGCCCGUGCCAUCUCCUCCUGGGGCUACUGGGCUGACGGUGUAUUUAGCUGGUGGCCAAGGGCAGGUGGUGGGAGGGACUGGAGUUGAAACCCUGGUAGCAUCAGGGCCGGUGAUGGUCAUCGUGGCCACGUUUACGAAUGCUGUUUAUGAGAGGUUGCCAAUAGAGGAUGAUGAUACCGAUGGGAGAGGAGAAGGCAGCGGCGGCGAGGGGAUUGGGGUGCAGCAGCAAGGUAAUAAUAACAAUAGUAAUAGUAGCAGUGGUGGUGGAAAUUCGGGGUCUCAGUCUCAAGGUUUUGGUGAUGAUAAUCAGCAAGGUGGUUCAAUGCCUUUGUAUAAUUUGCCUCAUGUUAUGUUUUGGGGUCCUCCACCGCAUCCACCGCCGUCUUAUUAGCAUGAAAGAGGAAUGGAUUGGAGAUAGAGGUGAAGGUGGAGAGACUGGAGAUGGUGGUUUGAAUAUGCUGACUGGUUUUGUGCAAAAAAAUGUAAUGACAAUUUCCAUGUAAGUACAGGCAGAAAGGUAGGACUUUUUUGGUUAGUUUCAGAUCUUUUGUGAAUUUAAUCAAGUUCAUGGUUAGGUUUAACUAUGUUUUGGAUCAGCUUUUGUAGAACUUUGUAGAAGCCUUUUGGUGUACCCGCAAUGUAUAUUUUAAUGAUGUACGCAAAGAAAUGAAAUUCCUAUUUAGCAAAUUGUUUUGGUGUAUAACUUUUAACUUUGUUUUGAUGAGCUUUCUUGGAGGAAUGCAUCUUGAUGAUGUAGGAAAAGAAGGAAAGGUGAAGACAGUGAAUUGAGGGAUACUGAAAAUUGCUGCAAGGUCAGAAGAUUCUUUUCAUGGUAUGCAACUGUUAAAACUUAUCUUCAUUUCUCAAUAAUUUAUGCUUUUCUUUUUUUAAUUGAGCAAUAUUAAUGGUGAUGAGAACCUUAAAUGGGAGAUUUCAAUGUGUUGAAGACCAAUAUCUAAUUAGGUUUGGCAGAGCUUUGAGUAAAAAACUUUACUUUGAGUAGCUGAUAGGGAGACAAGGGGCAUAAACAGUUGGGGCUGAUUCAGCUGCAUUUCCACAAAAUAGGGAGUUUCAGUACUGCUUGAAAAUUUUAACUUCAAAAUGCUUCGUAGGGUACCACUUAACUGUGGAUCUUUGGGUGCUUAUUUGCCAUUUUUUGGGUACCAAGGAAUUAGUUCAGGAUGAAAAAGAGUUGCAAGUGUUAGGGUUCGAAUUCUAUACCUGUCGGAUGCCACUUGGUACCUACUAAGCUAAGCUUUUAUUUGCCAUAUUUGACAUUCCCUCUAGGAGCAUCUCAAACUAACAAUUGGCUAUAUCAAAAGCUGCUUCUACUAUUAGUACUUCUACCAAUUUUUAAAGGAAAAAAUGAAGAUACUGCUAGAAUUAAUGCCAUUACAGUAAGAAAAAAACAAAAAAAAACAAAAAGGCAAUGAUACUAUCUUCUGCUAAAUUAGAAGUUCAGAAAUCCGUAAGUCAAUUUUGGAUUUUACGUAGCUUAUAUUGCAUAUUUCCAAUUUGGUUUUGAUAAAAUCUACAGCUUAUUUUGUUUGUUAAUUGCCUCAUUUGUAGCAUUUUAGACUUCUGAAUUUGUUUCAUAUAUGCUUCUCCAAUGCCCUUUACUUAUGGGAUUAUUGGUGUCUCUGUCUUAGAGUUGAUUGCCUAAUUUUUUAUAUUAGUUUGAAUUUAUCAUUUGCGAGUUGUCAUCAUGUUUGCUAGUUGAAGAGACUAUAUAUACGAAUGAACUGUUAGCUCAGUAAUAUUAGAGUUGGCUUCAGAAUUGAGAGGAUGUUUGUCAUAAUAAUAUAUUAUGUUGAUUUGUCAUUUUAGUUUGAUGGAGUUUUACAAGUUAAUAUGGCUAUGUCACUAUGACAAUUGCCCCCUAUAUAUAAAGCAUGAAGAGAUUAUACAUAAUUCUAUAGUUUUUGAGUAUUUAGUAAGACCAUUGCCCAUACGUUAACAGUGUUGAUUUGAACUAUAGGUUGGGCUAGUUAAAUAUGAAUUUGAAGCACUCUUUUUUGUUUCUUUUUAUAUCUUUGUUUCUUUUUUUUUUUUUUGUCAAGACAAGCUUAGGAGAAAGGGAGAUUACCCAUCUGUAAGGUAUGUAAGUUAGGGCAAGUCGCCAACUCACAAGGAGAUUUACGGAUUCUUUGGGAGUUUUUGAACUUACAGAUGGCCUGCCAACGAGGGACCGUGUGGGGAUUUGAAUCUGGGUGCUUUGCAUCUAGACGCUAAACCUCGGCAGGGGACCGUGUGGGAAUUUGAAUCUGGGUGCUUUACAUUUAGGCCUUAAACCUUAACUACUUAUGCCAACCGUGUUGCUUUUUAUAUGCUUUUAGUCAAUGGUUGUUGAUAUCAGAACAUGUUUCUAUGGUAGUAGUUAUUGAAAAUAUAUGGAACAAGUAGAUAACUAGUUUUGUUCUCAACUCAAACCAACUUGAUUUCAUGUUUAAAAUGUCAAUCCUACUCUACCAAACUAACGCAAACAUGCUCAUGAAUUGUGUUUAAAUUCAAACAUUCUUAGGCACUAGGAAGAAAUUGGAUGGGCACUUUGCUCAACGUUAUCUGAUGAGUCAUUGAAAUUUUGAUGAAUCAUUUCUGCUGAUGCACUUUUUGAAGUGGAUAGCUAUUCAAAAAGUUGAUUAAGUUGCCCAUUUUCAGGUAAAUUUUACCUCUGGCCUUGAUGUUGCAUUUCCAGGGGAAGAAUGUAGACUGCUUUUUUAUAUCAUUCAAGUCAUGUCUCACGAUCUUUUUCUAUCAUUUUCAGUUUUUAAUUUCCCAUUGCGCAAUUAAAGGGAGAAACAUCUUGUGACAUAGAAAGGGUUUUUUUU